AAGGAGAACAAAACGUUGACCUCUUGCGGAAACGAAUGGUGAAGCAGCAUGGAUUAUUUCCCUACUCAGUAUGGCUAAACCAGGGUAAAGCUCCCGAUUUCCAUCCAGAUCAUGACUUACAGCGAUAUGAACGUGAGCAAUUUGUUCUUUCUACCCAUUUUAUUCACUGGCUUCCUUAUUCUUGGGGUCUGUUUUGCAUUCUGCUGUUAUCUACUGAGGACAACAGGUGAUGACUAUGAUAUUGAUUUAGAAUCUCCCAGAAGAAUCAGAUAUGAUGGUUUGAGGCAGGGAAACUACAGAAAGAAAUGGUUCAAGAAAGUUUCAUUGAAAAGUGAUACAUGUGCAAUUUGUUUGGAUGAUUUCAUACACAAAGAAGAAAUCAGUAUUUGUCGAUGUGGGCAUGCUUACCAUCACAAGUGUAUAAUGAAGUGGAUGGAGAUUAAAGAGACAUGUCCCAUUUGUCAGCGGAACUGCAGAUGUGAAAAUAACAAUGGAAGCGAGAGAACCCCAUUGCUUACGAAUCCUUUGGAUAUAUGAAUGUACUGACUCCAUGAUUUACGAAGUGUAUUGAGUAAGACAAGUCCAAGUCACUCAGGAGCAACACAGUGGGCUGUAGAGUUAAAUGUCUCUGACACAGACAUGACUUUGGCUGGUGAAAUUAAGCUUGAUUUGAUGAUCAAUGUAAAAUUUUAUCCCUUUAACUCCUAAGAAGUGAUUGUUAAUUCUUCCCUCUAGCUGCUUCAUAUUUCUAGCCUUUUAAAUCAGUUACAAGAAUUUGUUGUUAGAUCAAGAUAACCUCUACCACAUAAGUAAUUUGAGUAUCCUCAUUAUACCUAGCUGUUUGUUGGAUAAUUUAUGGAUAUUUUAAGGAGAAGUUAAAUUUUAAUCACCUGUGGGAGUUAAAAGGUCAAGAGUACCCUAUGAGUUGGUUUGUGAGUUGGUAAACAACGUACCUAAAGCAGAAUUAACUCUUAUUUCAUAUUCAACAAGGAAAAUUGGAAUUACAUGCAAAUAGUUCUGUUAAAUUACUGAAAGAAAUUUCUCAAAAAUCUGCAGACAUACCACUGCUUAUAAAAAAAAUCAAACCGCUCGAAUUGUCUAUUAUUAUGAGUUAGUUUUUAUAUGAAGUACUUAGAGGUUUGAAAGUUAUGGACCAAGUUUUUUCUGCUUGGACUUAUAACCCAAGUGCAAGCACAAGGGCCAUAAAUCUGAGCAGAAGAGUCUGUAGGAGAAACAACUGAAGGUUUCAUGACUUUUGAUAUACACCAAGAAAACAAGGCUUAAUUAUUCUUUUA